AGGGGCGUCGGGUUACAUCUCCGCCUCCUCUGCUUGAGCCGGAGCCGCCGCGGUUGCGGGACUACAGUUGGGAAACAUGUUGGACGCGAGCGGCUGGAGCCGGACGGCGUGGACGUGGGCGCUGCUGCUGCAGUUGUUGCUGGCGGGGCCCGGAGGCUGCCUGAGCCGUCAAGAGCUCUUCCCCUUCGGCCCUGGGCAGGGGGACCUAGAGCUGGAGGCUGGGGACGACGUGGUGUCCCCCGCUCUGGAACUGAUCGGAGAGCUGAGCUUCUAUGAUCGUUCGGACAUCACUUCGGUCUAUGUCACCACCAACGGCAUCAUCGCCAUGAGCGAACCCCCAGCCAGAGAAUCCCACCCUGGAACCUUCCCUCCCAGCUUCGGCUCAGUGGCGCCUUUCCUGGCUGACUUGGACACCACGGAUGGUCUGGGGAACGUGUACUAUCGAGAAGACUUAUCCCCCUCCAUCAUGCAGAUGGCAGCAGAGUAUGUCCAGAGGGGCUUCCCAGACGUCACUUUCCAGCCCACUAGUGUGGUGGUUGUCACUUGGGAAUCCAUGGCCCCCUAUGGAGGGCCCAGCGGGAGCCCUGCCCAGGAAGGCAAGAGAAACACAUUCCAGGCUGUUCUAGCCUCCUCAAACUCCAGCUCCUAUGCCAUUUUCCUCUAUCCUGAAGAUGGUCUACAGUUCUUCACGACAUUCUCGAAGAAGGAUGAGAGCCAGGUGCCUGCCAUGGUUGGUUUCAGCCAAGGUUUAGUGGGAUUUCUAUGGAGCAGCAAUGGAUACUAUACCGUAUUUGCCAAUGACAGAGAAUCGAUUGAAAAUUUGGCCAAGAGCAGCAAUGCUGGAUACCAGGGUGUGUGGGUAUUUGAGAUCGGGAGUCCCGCUACUGCCAAGGGUGUGGUGCCAGCAGCUGUGAACCUAGACCUGGAUGACGAAGGAGCAGACUAUGAAGAUGAAGAAUAUGACCUGGCAACCUCUCACCUGGGCCUGGAGGAUGUGGCCACCCUACCUUUUCCUUCCCACAGUCCAAGAAGGGAACACACUAACCCACAUGAUGCGCCCAGGGUCCUUUCUCCUAGCUAUGAGGCUACAGAGAGACCCCAUGGAAUCCCCUCUGAGAGAACCAGGUCUUUCCAAUUGCCAGUGGAGAGGUUCCCCCAACAGCACCCCCAGGUCAUUGAUGUGGAUGAAGUGGAGGAAACAGGAAUUGUAUUCAGUUACAACACAGGCUCCCAGGAGACGUGUGCCAACAAUAGACACCAGUGCUCCGUGCACGCAGAGUGCAGAGACUAUGCUACUGGCUUCUGCUGCAGGUGCGUGGCCAACUACACGGGCAACGGCAGGCAGUGUGUGGCAGAAGGCUCCCCACAACGGGUCAACGGCAAGGUGAAGGGAAGGAUCUUCGUGGGCGACAGCCAGGUCCCCGUGGUGUUUGAGAACACUGACCUACACUCCUACGUGGUAAUGAACGAUGGACGCUCUUACACAGCCAUCAGCACCAUUCCUGAGACUGUCGGGUAUUCUCUUCUUCCCCUGGCACCCAUCGGGGGCAUCAUCGGAUGGAUGUUUGCAGUGGAGCAGAAUGGGUUCAAGAACGGCUUCAGCAUCACUGGGGGUGAGUUCACCCGCCAAGCUGAGGUGACCUUCGUGGGACACCCAGGUAAGCUGGUCCUGAAGCAGCAGUUCAGUGGUAUUGACGAACAUGGACAUCUGACCAUCAACACAGAGCUGGAUGGCCGAGUGCCACAGAUCCGCUACGGUUCCUCAGUGCACAUUGAGCCCUACACAGAACUGUACCACUACUCCAGCUCAGUGAUCACUUCCUCCUCCACCCGGGAGUACACGGUGACUGAGCCGGACCAGGGCGGCGCUGAGCCCUCACGCACACACGUUUACCAGUGGCGUCAGACCAUCACCUUCCAGGAGUGUGUCCACGAUGACUCCCGGCCAGCCCUGCCCAGCACCCAGCAGCUCUCCGUGGACAGUGUGUUUGUCCUGUACAACCGGGAGGAGAGGAUCUUGCGCUAUGCCCUCAGCAACUCCAUCGGGCCUGUGAGGGAGGGCUCCCCCGAUGCGCUUCAGAAUCCGUGCUACAUCGGCACUCACGGGUGUGACAGCAACGCAGCCUGUCGCCCGGGCUCUGGAACACAGUUCACCUGCGAAUGCUCCAUUGGCUUCCGAGGAGACGGGCAGACUUGCUAUGAUAUUGACGAAUGUUCAGAGCAACCUUCCCGGUGUGGGAACCAUGCAAUCUGCAACAAUUACCCAGGAGCCUACCGCUGUGAGUGCGUGGAGGGUUACCACUUUUCGGACGGGGGAAUAUGCGUAGCUGCGGUGGACCAGCGACCCAUCAACUACUGUGAAACUGGUCUCCACAACUGUGAUAUCCCCCAGCGGGCCCAGUGCAUCUAUAUGGGUGGCUCCUCCUACACCUGCUCCUGUCUGCCUGGCUUCUCUGGGGAUGGCAGAGCCUGCCAAGACGUGGAUGAAUGCCAGCUCAACCGAUGUCACCCCGAUGCUGUCUGCUACAAUACUCCAGGAUCCUUCACGUGCCAGUGCAAACCUGGCUAUCAGGGGGAUGGCUUCCAGUGUGUGCCCGGAGAGGUGGAGAAAACCCGGUGUCAACUGGAACGAGAGCACAUCCUUGGAGCAGCAGGGGUGGCAGAUGCCCAGCAGCCCAGGCUGGGCAUGUUUGUACCCCAGUGUGAUGAGUACGGGCACUAUGAACCCACCCAGUGCCACCACGGAACUGGCUACUGCUGGUGUGUGGACCGCGACGGCCGGGAGCUGGAGGGUACCCGUACCCGGCCCGGGAUGAGGCCCCCAUGUCUGAGUACAGUGGCUCCCCCUAUUCACCAGAGACCCGUAGUACCUACAGCCGUCAUCCCCCUACCCCCAGGGACUCACUUACUCUUUGCCCAGACUGGGAAGAUUGAACGCCUGCCUUUGGAGGGAAAUUCCAUGAAGAAGACAGAAGCCAAGACCUUUCUCCAUAUCCCUGCAAAAGUCAUCAUUGGACUAGCCUUCGACUGUGUGGACAAGGUGGUUUACUGGACCGACAUCAGCGAGCCUUCCAUUGGGAGAGCUAGCCUGCAUGGCGGAGAGCCAACCACCAUCAUUCGACAAGAUCUUGGAAGCCCUGAAGGCAUUGCCCUUGACCAUCUUGGCCGCAGCAUCUUCUGGACAGACUCUCAGCUGGAUCGGAUAGAAGUGGCAAAGAUGGACGGCUCACAGCGCCGAGUGCUGUUCGACACGGGUUUGGUGAAUCCCAGGGGCAUUGUGACAGACGCCGUGGGAGGGAACCUUUAUUGGACAGAUUGGAACAGAGAAAGCCCCAAAAUUGAGACUUCUUACAUGGAUGGCACCAACCGGAGGAUUCUAGCACAGGACAACCUGGGCCUGCCCAAUGGCCUCACCUUUGAUCCAUUCUCGUCUCAGCUCUGCUGGGUGGAUGCAGGCACCCAUAGAGCAGAAUGCCUGAACCCAGCUCAGCCCGGCAGACGCAGGGUUCUCGAAGGGCUCCAGUAUCCUUUUGCGGUGACGAGCUAUGGGAAGAAUUUGUACUACACAGACUGGAAGACGAAUUCAGUGAUUGCCAUGGACCUUGCUGUAUCCAAAGAGAUGGAUACCUUCCACCCGCACAAGCAGACCCGGCUCUACGGCAUCACCAUUGCCCCCUCCCAGUGCCCCCAAGGCCACAACUACUGCUCAGUGAAUAAUGGUGGCUGUACCCACCUCUGCUUGCCUACCCCGGGGAGCAGAACCUGCCGAUGUCCUGACAACACCCUGGGAGUUGACUGCAUUGAACAGAAGUGAUGUCAAGAAUGCCUUGCUCCCUCUCCAAGUAUUUCACAGUAACACGCUACUUGAAAUGACUUGACCGGAACAAAAGAACGGACUGAAAACUGUCCUGCAGUGGACUGACCACUGGGCCCAGGUCUAGCCUACCCUGAGCCCUCACAACGUCCCCUUACCCUCCCCUAAAACAAUCACCCCAAGUCAGUAAUGAGAAAGUCUCUACCCCAAAUGAAGGCAGGGCCCCCCACAUUCCCGGACUCCAGUCUUCAGACAAGAUUAUAGAGUUCUGGAUAAAAAGCCAACAUAAUGGUGCAUGCUUGUAACCCUGGCACUUGAGAGGCAGAGGCGGGAAGAUCAGGAGUUCAAGACCAAUCUUGUCUGUGUAGCAGGGUUCAAAGGCAGUAUGGAUUACAUGAUACCCUUUCUCAAAAAGAAAUUUUUUUCAGUAUG